AUGGAAACAUGGCAUUGGUGGCUAAUCGGGAUUAUAAUAGUGAUCAUGCUUGUAGUAAUAUGUUUCUGCUUUUGGUAUUAUAGACGUCGUUCUAUUACCAAACAAUCUGAGCAAAACAAAAAAAAUACCAAUGAUAACAAUAAUAAUGAUGAUGGUCAAGAAGAAAAAAUCAUCUAUCCUAUAACCAAUACACCUACGAGUACUGAUACAACAUCAUCACCUAAAAGAAUGAUGUCUUCUCGUACUUUGAUGAAUCCUCAUUUUCUUACCGAACUUUCAGCUCCACCUAUUCAAUUCUUUUUAGGACGAAAAGAACAACGAUGGAUUCCUCCUCGACCAUCAUCAUCAGAAACAAUAGAUAUUCCCCCACUUUCCUUGUCUCCCUUUUUAAGUCGAAGAUCCUCUGGUUCAGAUCCACAGUCUCGUAGUCCAUCACCUAUUCUUUCCAAACUCACUUGGUCAUCACGAAAACGCAAUGAUUCAUAAAUAUGAUUGUUUUUACUAUCACCAUAUAUGUCCAUCUUCUUUUUUUUUUUUUU